GUGACGGCCUUGGUUGGCAACGCAGUGACGCUUUUCGUUUCCAAGCACAAGGAGACGGCCAAACGCUUGCAUCAAGGAGGUUAAAAGAUACCGGUUUGCUUGAUAGAAACUACGCUUUAAACACAUAAACCUCGGAAUAGAAUACGUUUCGCGCAGCAAUAAUUGCUGUAUAUAAAUGUUUUGAUUAUUUUUAUAUAUUGCUAUAAAAGGGCUAGUUAGCUGUCUAGCUAGCUAACAUUAGCUAUCCAACGCCCGAGAACUGUUACCGAAAUGGCUGAGUUUGGCUUCAAUGAGCACCAUCAGAAUGAAGUGGUCAACUAUAUGCGGUUUGCACGCUCUAAGAGGGCCCUGAGGCUCAAGACGAUUGACUCCUGCUUCCAGGACCUCAAAGACAGCAGGCUGACGGAGGAGACCUUCACGGCGGACGAGGUGGCGGAGAUGCUGGAGGGCCUGCGGGCGGUGGUCCGGGGCGAGGUGGAGACGGAGCUCAUCAACGCGGCCCACACCAACGUGCUGCUGCUGCGGCAGCUCUUCUCCCAGGCCGAGAAGUUCUACCUCAAGCUGCAGACGGACGUCUCCGAGCUGGAGAACAGGGACCUGUUGGAGCAGGUGGCGGAGUUUGAGAAAGCCGAAUUUAAAAGCACCAACAAAAAGACAGCUCAGGAGUCCAGCAAACCUAAACUGGCCCCUUUGAAUGAAGGCGGGGUGUCAGAGCUGCUCAACAAGGAGAUCGGUCGUUUGCAGGAGGAGAACGACAAGCUGAAGUCCAGGCUUCGGAUGUUGGAGUCGCAGGCUACAAGUGCGUUGGAUGAGAAGUGGAAGGUGGAGCAGACCCUGAGGGACCUACAGAGGGUCCAGGGGGACCAACAGCGGUCGCUGCGGUCCCAGGAGAUCGACGGGCUGGAGGAGACGGUGGCCGCGCUGAGGGCCCAGUUCCAGGACACGCUGGGCGCCAGCACCGCCACGCAGGAGGACCUGCAGCACAACCUGGUCGCCGCCAAGCACGACCUGCUGCGCGUGCAGGAGCAGCUGGCCCAGGCCGAGAAGGAGCUGGAGAAGAAGUUCCAGCAGACUGCUGCCUAUCGCAACAUGAAGGAAAUCUUGACCAAGAAGAAUGAGCAAAUCAAGGAGAUUAGAAAGCGUUUGCAGAAGUAUGAGCCGGAUGAGUGAUCAAACUGAGAACACGCUCUGGUGGGAUAACAUGGAGAAGGCAACGAGAGGGAACGAGAUAUGCUGCAGCACCUGAAGCACGAGCUCUCCCACAACCUUGCUUUCUACUUCAGUCAAGCACAUGAUCUUUGGACGGAGGAAGACGUUGGAAAACGUGAACUGAGAAAUGUUGCGUAACAGUAAACAUUGGUCACCCUGUCAAGAAAUUCCCCAUCUGCUGAUGUUGUCGACUUAUUAUUAGACCUGAGUAGGAAGUGUAAACACACAAGAGUAGAAAGGCUGUUUGUCAGUGGUUAGUCUGACCUGGACUGCAAGGAGGACUUUUACAGUCACAGAUCCUAUAGUUGCUGGACGAACCGAAUAUUGAAUAUUUCUUUUUUUGCUCUGUAGUUUAAGUUCUGUCACAUUCCAGUUGGGAAAAGCUCUGCAUUUGUUUUCUCAAAACGAGGCAAUGCUUCCUUUUCCCUUAUUGAUAAUGUAUAUAUUUUGUACAUCUCUGUGCACAGGGAGCGAUUCGCUGAUAAAUGAGGGACGUUGUUUUUUUACGAUCUUUUUCCCAUUUAAAUUGUCUGAACGACUUUAAGAGUCAUGGUGACACUGCAGUUUCGGUGUGACAAAGUGUGUGUGCUGUCAUUGGCCGCCUGCAAAAAUAAACGCAGCGACAAUUA